UGUUCUCUCUUCAAACUGGACUACUAACACCUCCUUCUGCAAUUGGGUUGGAGUCACCUGCAGCCAAAGGCACCAGAGAGUUACAGUCCUUUACUUUUACAACAUCACCCUCCAAGGAACAAUUUCCCCUUUCGUCGGUAACCUCUCCUUCCUAUCUCUUCUCGUUCUUGCCAACGCCAAACUCAGCGGCCCCAUCCCCGACAGCCUCGGCCACCUCCCCAGACUCCAAACUAUUGUCCUUCAAAGUAACUAUCUUUCGGGCGCGCUUCCUCACAACCUUUUCAAUAUGACUUCUCUCAUCGGACUCUACAUAACAACUAACAAACUCUCGGGCUCUCUCCCCGAGAUGAAUAAUCACAGCAUCGCUAGCAGCAUUCCGCCUCCCCUCCAAGUUAUCGCAGUAGAUGAUAAUCAGUUAACUGGUCAGAUCCCAUCUAGCUUCUCUCAUUUCUUGAACCUCCAAGCUCUUGCUUUGUCGUACAACAGGCUCACUGGACCUGUGCCGGCUGACCUCAGCUGCUUGCAAGAGCUCAGUUUGCUAGACCUCACCGAUAACAACCUCACCGGAAAGAUCCCACCUUCACUUGGCAGUCUCACAAGCCUCAAGAGACUGGAUAUUCCUGCAAACAACUUGGAAGGGGAAAUCCCAAAGCAGCUGGGAAAUCUAUCAGGCCUGCAAGAGCUUCUAUUAGGUGGAAACAAACUGAUAGGUUCGAUACCUGUGUCUCUCUUUAACUUAUCCGUGAUGAACCAUUUUGAAUUGGGCGACAACCGUCUCACUGGAUCGGUGCCUCCUAUGCUUGGACAGUCCAUGCCGCUACUUAAUGUUUUUAACAUUGAAUUCAACCAACUUAGUGGUAGCAUGGACUUCAUCACCUCUCUUUCCAACUGCAACAACCUGCAGAAACUUUCCAUUCAACAGAAUGAGUUGGGCGGCUUUCUGGCCGACUCUGUUGGGAAUCUCUCGAUGAGUCUUAGGUAUUUUAUAGCAGGGGCGAACCACAUCAAAGGAAACAUCUCUCCAGCUUUAGGCAAUUUGAGUGGUCUUCUUGCGCUAGAUCUUGGAGGGAAUGAGUUUGAAGGAGCAAUACCACCAUCACUUGCUACCCUUCAAAGGCUUCAAAGGUUGUCUCUGGCCAAUAACAAAAUCAGCAUGUCCAUCCCAAUUGCGCUUGGCAUGUUGACAAGCCUGAGUGCUCUAGAUUUGGGUGGGAACAAACUAUCAGGAGCUAUACCGGAUUCACUGGGCAAUUUAACCGGUCUACAAUUCUUAUCACUGUACAACAAUGCAUUAUCAUCAAAGAUUCCUCAGAACUUGUGGAGGUUAAGAAGCCUCAUUGAUUUUUCCCUAUCCCAAAAUGCUUUAAAUGGUUCAAUUCCUCCAGAGAUCGGCAACUUGAACACCUUGAACAAGUUGGAUUUAUCUGAAAACAGGUUUUCAGGUAACAUCACCAGUUCUCUAGGGGAGCUGCAGAUGAUUAUAUAUCUUGAUCUUUCCAAAAACUCUUUUGAAGGUCAGAUUCCGCAAUCAUUUGGUGGAUUGGUCAGCAUCCAGUAUUUGAACUUGUCGACUAAUUUGCUAUCGGGAGACAUACCCAAAUCCUUAGCAAACUUGCGUUACCUAGAUGUUCUUGAUCUCUCAUUUAACAAGCUUGCAGGACAAAUUCCACAAGGUAGAGUGUUUUCAAAUGUCACAAUACCGUCUUUGGAGGGGAACAAAGCACUAUGUGGUGCACCUCAGCUCGACUUUCCACCUUGCUCUACAAGAAUUGUUCAUUCUCAUUCAAGGAAUAAACUGCAUCUACUGCAAUAUAUCCUCCCUAGCAUUGCCCUAUUGGUUGUCUUAAGUUGCUUGUUUCUCAUAUAUACAAUUCACAGAAGGAGAAAGCAAAGGAACUUGGCUAGUGCAGAUUUUCAACCUCCUGGUGAGCAUAGAAUGAUUUCCUACCAUGAUCUAGCUCGUGCAACCAAUAAGUUUAAUGAAGCAAACUUAUUGGGAAGAGGAAGCUUUGGUUCAGUGUUCAGAGGAUGCCUUGAUGAUGGUUUGGUUGUUGCAGUGAAAGUUUUAAACAUGGAAGUUGAAGGGGCAUCAAAAAGUUUUGAUGCAGAAUGUGCAACUUUAAGUAGUGCACGACAUAGAAAUUUGAUAAAAAUCAUUAGCGUAUGUUCCAGUUUAGACUUUAAAGCUCUAAUCAUCCAGUUCAUGCCAAAUGGAAGCCUUGAACAAUGGCUCUACUCCGGAAACUGCUGCUUAGAUCUGCUGCAAAGAUUGAAUAUAAUGGUGGAUGUGUCUUCAGCUCUCGAGUAUCUCCACCAUCGCCAUCCUCAAGUGAUACUUCAUUGUGAUCUCAAGCCAAGUAACAUCUUGUUGGAUGAAGAAAUGGUAGCCCAUGUCAGUGACUUUGGCAUUGCUAAAUUGUUGCUUGGUAAUGGCAGAUCCAUAGCAUCGGCAAGCACACCUGGCACUAUAGGUUAUAUUGCUCCAGAGUAUGGAUCUACUGGCAACGUCUCAAAAAUGUGUGAUGUCUACAGUUUUGGUAUUCUGUUGUUGGAAACAUUCACUGGAAGAAAGCCAACUGAUGCCAUAUUUGAUGGAGAAUCAAGUCUGAGAGAAUGCAUUUCCCAAGCAUAUCCCACUGCAUUAUUUGAUAUUGUAGACGACAAUCUCUUCAAAGGUGGUUCUCUUACUGAACAACAAUCCGACGAUGAAACAAUUAUGCAUGAUUGUGUAUUAUCUGUCAUCGAAUUGGGUUUAUUAUGUACAAAUUACUCACCAAGAGAGAGAAUACAGAUGAUCGAUAUCGUCCCCAAAAUGCAGAAGAUAAAAAUGGAGUACGUGUCUCGGAUGUCUAGUUCUUGAAGCUGAGAUCCAUGAAUUGGUGCUUUCAUGUUCCUUUGGCAUCUUAUAUUUGCAAGUAGCUUAUGUAUUGUUACUUUGAUAACAUUUUUGAGUAUUUUGUUAUUUGGUAUUCUGGAAAUCAGCAUAUAUUAAUAAAGGAUCUCCUGAUCUCUUUUCUUGA